CUGAUCCCUCCUUUUCCUCCGGCCUCCAUUUUGUGAGGUGCUUUCUGGCGGCCUGGCAGAGGCGGGCAAUUCGGUCGAGCUGAUACGGUUUCGUCCUCUUGCGUCCCUUUUGCCGGCUUUGAGACCCCGCCGCCUCGGUUGCCGCCUUCCUCCUCCUCCUCCUCGUCGUCGCCAUGACGGACCGCUACACGAUCCACAGCCAGUUGGAGCACCUGCAGUCCAAGUACAUCGGGACGGGCCACGCGGACACCACCAAGUGGGAGUGGCUGGUGAACCAGCACCGGGACUCGUACUGCUCCUACAUGGGCCACUUCGACCUGCUCAACUACUUCGCCAUCGCCGAGAACGAGAGCAAGGCCCGCGUCCGCUUCAACCUCAUGGAGAAGAUGCUGCAGCCGUGCGGGCCGCCCGUCGACAAGCCCGACGAAGCCUGAGCCGCCUGGCGCCCCGCACCGCCCGGGAGAGAAGGGGCGGGAAACGGCAGCCGGGGCGAGAUAAAUUUGGGAAGCGCCGCGACGAGGAGGGCCGACGGGACGCGGCUUCUUCCCUUGCCUGAGGCCGCCUUCUCUGGAACAAACCCUGCCCCUCCUCCCCCUUGUUGCGCUCCCGGGGCCAACUUCCUUUCGAGUCCCAGGCGCCUUCGGAGAGCGCGGCUUGUGAACUUCCCUCAAUUCUGCCCGGAACUGUGAGAAGCCCGUCCAUCGCGAGAGACUGAGGCAGGUGGUUCCCCUUGCUCGGAGGCGGCGUGAAUUUCUUGGAAGAGGCCUCAAAGCGACGCGUCCCCUCCCCUUCCCCCGCCUCCCUCUAGAUUUUGAAACUUUUUUGGGAGGAAUUUAGGCAACUAUCUAAUAAAUGCCACACUCCGCCUUCUAA